GUAGCGCAGAGGGAAGUGUGUGGCUGAAGCUACGAUAGUGUUUUUAAUUCUUACAAAGGUGGAUAUUAAACCAUAAAACAACGAUGGGAAGCCAGUCGGAGUUCCAAAAUCAAUUUUCAUUGUUGAUGAGCAAACUUUUGCACUCUACUGUUACAGAAGCAACCAAACUAUUCGAGAAGACGGUGCAGGAAAUGAUAGCAGAGUUAGCCCGAAUAAGAAAACAAAACGAAGUGCUAAAAGAUAACCUAUUUGAUUUUGAAGAUGAUGUUCCUGCCUCGUCGAAUAGACUGGCUUGCUCCAAACGAGAUGUUGGCGUACAGUGCGAUGCCCCUCCUCCUGCCCCCAAAGAGGAUCCCCCACCUCUACCUCCAACCCCCCUACAGAACGCAAAGAAGGAGGAGGAAUUCGCACUUGUGUUUGUCAAAAAAGAGGAGUCCGACACGUAUGACGAAACGCAGGCGUGCAUCUUCGCAAGAAUCUCGGCGGACCAGCCCAGACAGCUGUUGGUUCAGCAGCGUGAUGGUGGCGCUGCAGCAGAGACCUCAUCCGUCCAGCAGGCCAGCCUCAUCCCCAGGCAGGUGCUAGUUCAACAGUUUAGCGGGGGGGAGACAUCAUCAUCCGUCCAGCAGUCCAGCCUCAUCCCCAAGCAGCUGUUAGUGCAGCAGCGGGACGGGGAGACGACGCUGGAGUCCAACCUCAGCAUCGUCAAGCUGGCCGCUUUCCAGGCCACGCGGGACCGCCCCACUGUCACCCUCACCCGCCUCACCUCCUCAGAACUAUCCGCCGCGCAGAACGGAACACUAACCCUGUCGCAGCCAAAGGUCACCGCAGUUGCCUUGACGACGACGACGACGGCAUCGCCACAGAAGCCGAACGGCAUACGGUACCCUCUGCGUCAUUGGCGUCGCCACUGCUGCCCGUUGCCAAAACGCAGCCGCUGCUCAUCCCCAAGACAGAGCCGGAGGAGUGCGAACUUCACGUCGAAGAAAGCGGCGACGUCGAAAGCACAGGCUCGCGGCCGAGCAGCGCCGGCGGCAGCAGCAGCAGCAUCUCCCUGA